CGAUGAGAUGAAUGAAGGGAAAAAACAUGUUUGUGACAUUUGUGGUUUUACUUCAGUUUUGACAUGUUUAAAAACCGACUGUGAAUUGUUUGUAAAAUUGUCGAAUUUGAUGAAACACAGAAGACAAACUGAAAGAAAAUUCAUUUUAUUGCAAGAGGGAUUGCAUUGUUGUAGUUUUCAUAUAGAUUUUAUUAAUUUUCUACUAUUUUGAAUACACAUUUUUUUCACUUAUUAAAAUGUCUAAAAACGACAAAGAUGAAUUAGCAACUGGAGCAAAAAAUGCCUCCAAAAAAACGCGAAAAAUAUUUAAAUUACGUUUUCUGACCGAAACAAACUUACACACUGUGCGGCGAGACCAAAUCUUUUACUAUGUUUUAUCGCUACAAAAACGGAUCCGAUUGUUAUUGAAGAAAUGCAAGAGGUACAGAGAUAAAAUUCUGAAACUAGAACGUGUGACUCGGAAAAAUACUGCAUCAGCGGAGAAAAAUUCAGCAAUUAAUGAAACAGAAAACUCCCAAACAAAUGACACGCCGUCUGAAACAACGGACUUCAUUGCAGAUAUAAAGAAUGCUGCACAUCAAGCACAAAAUGACGCCGGCUUUAUCUAUGAGCCAACAUCAGGAUUGUACUAUGAUUCCAGAACGGGAUACUAUUAUAAUGCGGAGCACGGCUUAUAUUAUGAUGGACAAAAUGGUUGCUAUUACUCCUACAAUCAAGCCGAGAAUAAAUUUGAGUUUCAUUCACAAGUCUAUUCGACGGAAGAAGUGGCGGCCGCCAAAGAAGAACAGAUUAUUGAUAAAAAUGACCGUGAAUGUUCGAAGCGUAAACGUUUGAAGUCCAUUGAUUCGGAUAAAAAAAUUAGUUCGCCAUCGAAUUCGAAUCGGCCAAAAUCGAAAAAAUUGGCCAAAGCAUCCGACUCAGAACAGAAAGAAGACGGUGAAAUUUCAGAUGAUUAUGAUGAUAGCGACGAUGGCAUUUAUGAUAAGCGUAAAAAUCGUCGAAAUAGUCCAGUUAGUCGGCGUAAACAAAUUGUUUACGAUAUCGAUGAUGACAGUUAUUCAUCAUCAGGUUCCGGACGACAUUCGCCGUACAAUGCAUACUCAGAUAUUGCGAAACGAUAUCCACCAUCACUGCGAAUCAUUGUUCAAGAGACCAACAUCAGAAAAUUAAAAAUCGGCGAACUAUUUUUAAUUACGUACAAAGGCGGAUCUCUGGGUCGAGAGGGUAAACACGAUGUCAUUAUUCCCGAUAUAAAUUGUUCAAAAUAUCAUUUGAAAUUUAUAUAUGAUGAAGCUCAAAGUGGUUACACAGUAGUCGAUCUAGGAUCACGAAACGGCACUUUUAUGAACGGAAAACGAAUGUCAAAUGCCAAACAAGAAAGUGAUCCAAUCGAAUUAGUGCAUGGCACGGUCAUACAAAUUGGCCAAACAAAACUUCUUUGUCACAUUCAUGAUGGCCAUUCAACGUGUGGCCAAUGUGAACCGGGCCUACUAACUGACAACACAGCAGCGUCAUACAGUGCCGUAACGGAAGACAACACACGUUCGACAAAAACAAAGCCAGGCAACGUUGGCGAUGACCACAAGCGUCAAUUGAAAAACUUAAAAAAACGAUAUGGAUUACAAGAUGAAAAAUAUGUGGCACCGAAAGUUGAUGCUAAAAAUGAUCGCGCUGAACAAAGACGACAAACGGUUGGUAGCUCUUGUGAACAUGAAAAAACCAAAGCCGCUUCACUUAAUUCUUCGAUAUCAAGCGAAAACAAAGGCUUCAAAAUGCUUUCAAAGCUUGGUUGGAGUGCAGGUCAAGCGCUGGGAAAAAAUAGUGAUGGUCUACUUGAGCCGAUACCGCUUCAAAUGAAUGAGAAAAAUAAAGGUCUUGGAUGCGAGAGCAGUAGUACGAGUUUUCAACAACAUGAUUCGAAGCAAAAGCACAAGGCUCAGAUAUUACAGAAGACACAACGACGAUACAAUGCAUCAGAGGCUACAGUAGACAUUUUUUGCAGCGAUGAAAGCGAUUAGGUGUUCCGUGACUGAUUCAAUCUAAAAAGAUGCUCAAUAAAUGUAGAACGAAUAAAAA